AUGGGAAAUAUUGGAUCGAUUUUAACCUGUAUUGUCUUUUCUCAACCAACUUAUCGAAAGAGUCCUUGUGCUAUGUAUUUUUUUGCAUCAAGUUUUUCACAAUUAUUUACUUUUAAUUUUGCUUGUCUCACUCGAAUGCUUCAAUAUGCCUAUGGAAUUCAGAUCAUCAAUACUAAUCUUUGGUUUUGUAAAAUACGUUUCUAUUUAUUUUAUAUUUUAGUAGCUAUACCUCGUUAUAAUAUUAUUAUGGCUACAAUUGAUCGUUAUUUUGCUAGUUCACGUGAUGCUUUACGUCGUCAAUGGAGUUCACCAAAACUUGCUUCUCGUUUUAUCAUUGUCAAUGUUAUAUUUUGGUGUCUUAUUUAUAUUCAAGUCAUUAUUUUCUAUAAUAUUAACACUGGUACCUGUCAAUAUCAAACAGGAGUUUAUUCAAUCUUUUUUAGUAUCUAUAUUUCAAUUGAUAGUGGAAUUCUUCCUCUAGUUUUAAUGUUUAUUUUUGGAUUAUUAACUGUUCGUAAUAUUCAUCAGACUAAAAAACGAAUUGAACCAGCGACUGGAAAUAGUGGAAAAAUAACAAAAAAAGAUAUACAAUUUCAUAAAAUGUUAGCAAAUCAAAUUUGUCUUUUCCUUAUCCUCAAUGUACCAAAUCCAUGUUAUCUUGUUUAUCGAACCAUUACUUUGUAUACGAUAAAAUCACCAUUUCGUCUUGCAACGGAAACAUUUGUUAGUAAUAUGACAUAUGUUUUAAUUUAUCUUGGAUUUUCAUUGACAUUUACUAAUUUUAUUAUAUCAUCACAAAUUUUUCGGAAAGAAUUCAUACAAAUCAUUCGAACGAGGAUAUUUCGUCGAGCGCCACUACCUCUAACAACUAUAGGAGGAACAACAGUAAGAAUUCCUCGUCCAAAUGACAUACAAGAUUAA